AAAAAAAAGAGUUGACAGACGUUCGUCAAGAUCACUGUCGUUGUCUCAGUGCGUGAUUUGUUGUUUUGAUCGUUUUGAUUGUUCUCGUUUGGUAUUUUUUAGCUUUUCGUGGUCUUGUCGCUUCCUUUUUAUAUUUGUAAAUAUGCCACACAGCCAUUGUCACGACGGACAUCACGAUCAUGACCACGAUCACGAAAGUGCAGAAUUGGGCAUACAAUAUAACUUGUUCGAAAAAAUUGAUAAAGAGAACUUACAGUGUCUUAAUGAAACUGUUGAUGGAUCGGGAAAAACUGUGUUCAAACCCUGGGACAAGAGAUUAGACCGGACCCAGUUCGUCGAGAGCGAUGCUGAUGAAGAACUACUUUUCAAUAUACCUUUUACGGGUAAUAUUAAACUAAAAGGUAUCAAGAUAUCAUCGGAAGAUACUGACUGUCAUCCUGCUAAAUUAAGAUUAUAUAAGAACAAACCUAAUAUGACUUUUGAUGAUAUUGCCAUGGAACCCGAUCAAGUAUUUGAACUACAAAAGGAUAGUCAAGGAUAUCUAGAAUAUGCUCCCAAGGUAGUUACAUUUUCGUCGGUUUCACAUUUAACAAUGCACUUUCCAUGUAAUUUUGGUGCUGAUAACACAAAAAUAUACUACAUUGGUUUAAAAGGAGAAUGGACUCCUGCACACAGACACGGUGUGACCAUUUGUACAUAUGAAGCAAGACCAAACCUUGAUGAUCAUAAACUGAAGCAUUUAGACUCUGUAACUAAACAUAUAGACUAAAAAAUUGCUACAAGUUAUCAUAUCAAUUAAACUUUUGUAUAAAAAUCUUAAUUUAUUAUCAAAUAAAGAAAAUUUAUUCAGA